ACUAGUGCGCAUGCGCGUCUCGCCAUCUCGCACAGCAGGGUGUGAGACCAUCGCCCCUAAAUUGUUUAUUUUCGCUGGACGCUGUGACUGUUUUUGCUCUCCUGUUGAUAGAAAUAUUGUGCCAAAUCACGUCUAACAGAGUUCUCGCUCAGAUGAAGAUCUAUUGACAUCUGUUGUCGCUUUAAAUCGUAGAUAACGCGUGCUAAGACUGCUAAGCGCGGAAGCCGCUAACAAGAUUCACAUCAAAACCACCAAAACUGGACAGAUUAAGUCAGAUUCAUCCACAGUAGGCAUAGCAGGCAGGGGACGUUUGGAUGGACCCUUCACUGGCCGCAGUGCAUUGCUGAAACGAGUCUGAAGCAGCACACAGGAGACUCUCUGAAGCCUAUAACCAUCGCAGGAUGUCCAUCACAAACCCCCCCACCAGUAACGACGCCUGUCUGAGCAUCGUGCACAGUCUGAUGUGUCACAGACAGGGCGGCGAGAGCGAGACCUUCGCCAAACGGGCCAUUGAGAGUCUGGUGAAGAAACUGAAGGAGAAGAAAGACGAGCUGGAUUCGCUCAUCACCGCCAUCACCACCAACGGUGCUCAUCCCAGCAAAUGUGUGACCAUACAGAGAACACUAGACGGCCGUCUGCAGGUGGCUGGUCGUAAAGGAUUCCCACAUGUCAUCUAUGCACGGUUGUGGCGAUGGCCGGACCUUCAUAAGAACGAGUUGAAACACGUCAAGUACUGCCAGUUUGCCUUUGACCUGAAGUGUGACAGCGUGUGUGUGAACCCUUACCAUUACGAGAGAGUCGUGUCUCCAGGAAUAGAUUUAUCUGGACUCACACUGUCAGGCUCUGGUCCGUCGGGUCUGAUGGUGAAGGACGAGUAUGAUUAUGAAGGCCAGCAGUCUCUGUCCAGCUCUGAGGGACACAUGCAGACGAUUCAACACCCUCCCUCUCGCCCGGUGGCCCCGGAGCCCUUCAGCACGCCCUCCAUGCUCCCGCCAGCAGAGGGCAGCAGCUCGGCCUCCACCUCCGCCUUCUCCAGCAUCGCAGUGGGACCCACAACUCAGCCCAAUAGUGUUCUCUCAGGAAGCCACAGCAGCGAUGGUCUGCUGCAGAUUGCCUCUGGGAUGGGGCAGGGCUCACAGCAGAAUGGUUUCCCCCCCGGCCAGUCCUCCACGUACCACCACAACGCCGGCUCCAGCUGGACGAGGAACAGUAACUUCCCCCCCACCGUGCCUCCCCAUCAGAACGGUCACCUCCAGCAUCAUCCGCCCAUGGCCCAUCCAGCACACUUCUGGCCCGUUCACAAUGAAAUCGCGUUCCAGCCACCGAUAUCCAACCACCCUGCUCCAGAGUACUGGUGCUCCAUCGCUUACUUCGAGAUGGACGUUCAGGUGGGCGAGACCUUUAAAGUUCCCUCGUCCUGUCCCAUCGUGACCGUGGACGGGUACGUGGACCCCUCCGGAGGAGACCGCUUCUGUCUCGGUCAGCUCAGCAACGUCCACCGAACGGAGGCGAUCGAGAGAGCGAGACUGCACAUUGGGAAGGGCGUCCAGCUGGAGUGUAAAGGUGAGGGGGACGUCUGGGUUCGCUGUCUGAGCGAUCACGCCGUCUUCGUCCAGAGCUACUACUUGGAUCGUGAAGCCGGUCGAGCUCCAGGAGACGCUGUGCACAAGAUCUACCCCAGCGCUUACAUCAAGGUGUUUGAUCUGCGUCAGUGUCACAGACAGAUGCAGCAGCAGGCAGCGACCGCACAAGCAGCAGCAGCCGCUCAAGCAGCAGCGGUGGCCGGAAACAUCCCCGGCCCUGGAUCUGUGGGAGGAAUCGCUCCUGCUAUCAGUUUGUCUGCGGCCGCUGGAAUCGGUGUGGAUGACCUCCGCCGGCUCUGCAUCCUGCGCAUGAGCUUCGUCAAGGGCUGGGGUCCGGAUUACCCCCGACAGAGCAUCAAAGAGACGCCCUGCUGGAUCGAGAUCCACCUGCACCGUGCGCUGCAGCUGCUGGACGAGGUCCUGCACACCAUGCCCAUCGCUGACCCCACGCCGCUGGACUGAGACCAGACCCUGGACCUCACAAACCCAGGACCGCCGACCUGUGCGGACGAUGCCGAGAGACCGUUACGGUUCAGAGGUCAACAUCACGGCUGCGUUUAUUUCAUUUGCUUCUUCUGUUUUAGCCCGUGUUCUAACAUUCAGACCCUGAAGUGCACAGGUCCCAGUGUUGUAGUGACACUAAAGCUUCAAAAGUGUUUUGCAUGAAGAUGAGGUGCAUGCUGGGAGCUGUUAAAAUGAAUUUGUUCUUAGACCCUUGCUUCCUGCUGUUCUUCACUAGUCACUAGAGUCUCCCAUCGUGUCUGAACCGAGUCCGUUUCAAUCAGACUGUCAGAUUUCACUUUUAUUUCCUACUUUGUUUUGGUCUUCAUCUCUUGAUGCAAACCAGAGUCUCUCAGGCCGAACGUUUAAAAGCUGCUCUGGAAGACUGACGGCUGACGUACACCUGAACAUCAUGUGACAUCAUUUCCUCUCUCGUGAGUCGUGGCGUUUGGGUUAAAGCGGUUUGGGUUCGGACUCACGGUUGUAUUAGCAGGUGAUGCAUGUACAGAACAUGUGCGUUUUCUUUCGAGCUUCUCACUAGUAGCUAAUAAGCUGGUUGACGUUUUUAUUUUGCAAGUUUCUCGCUGCAUUCUGUUAUCAGUCAAAGCAAGAUGUGUUAACGGUUAGUUUAGACUCAUUCAUCUACAAGCAAUAACAACCAGUUUCUUCUGAAUGCUUUUUUUUUAGCCAUGUAUUUGUUUUAGCACUUUAUGUACUAUUUUUUUUUUCUUUUUCAUCUUUCAGUUUCUCUUCUUUGCAGCCUGUGAUUAAAAAUUCAGCUCUUUUACAGAAAAUAAAUUUGGUUUACAGGAAUCAUAA